AUGUGGAUGGAAUGGGGUGUCAGUCCUAACCUGUGUGUCAUUGGGCACUCAUUUGGGGAAGUGGCGGCAGCAAUGGCAGUAGGUGCGCUGGAUCUAACUCUUGCAGUGCGAUUGAUGGUGUCCUUGCGACAAAUUGUGUCUGAAAAGAUAGAGCCAGGGCGAAUGGUCGCUCUAAUGGCUGAUGAGUCAACGACACGAAGAAUGAUUCGUGAAUACACCGAGAAACACAUUAUGAGCAAUGAAAUUAUGGAGGCUUGGAUAGACAUUUCGGCGCUUAACUCGCCAACUCAGACAGUGGUGUCCGGUCCGCCUGAAACAAUGAAAAAAUUUGCGACGUUCGCGAAGACAAAUUAUAAUAUGAAAUCCACUUUUGUUAAAUUCGCUCAUCACGCUUACCACUCACGGUCUUUGGCGAAAGCACUGAUUGGACUUGAAGCGGACCUUGGAGAAUUUAAAUUUUUGUCGCGAAAUCACAGCUUGGCAUACAUUUCGUCGAUGUACGGUAGGAAGUUAGAUGAUUCUGAAACCUUAGAUCCUUCUUAUUGGUCAGGAUGCUUCAAACACCCAGUGCAAUUUAUUGAAUCCGCCACAGCCGCCAUAAGUGAUGUUGGUGCUCGAUUAUUCCUAGAAGUUGGUCCACAACCUACUCUCUCACCCUUAAUGCAGGAGAACUGCUCUGACCAUGACCCAUUAUUUAUUCCCUCGCUUUGCAGGAAUGUCCCCAGUUGGAACACCUUAUCGGACGCAAUCGCCACUCUAUACCUUCAUGGUGUUAAGCUUGACUGGACAAACAUUUGGACAAGUUUGGUUGGCGAUGGGAUAUCGCGUAAAAAAGUGCCGCAUCUUCUUCCAACAUAUCCUUUCCAAAAUGACGGUCCAUUUUGGUUCAAUCCUUGUGCAAUUUCAGGAAGCGGCGUUGCUAAAGUUAAUAGCAAAUCUAAAGUUGUUCACCCCUUAUUGGGCUCAAUGCUAUCUGUCACCGAAAGUGGCAUAAUCAAUCCUGUAUCCAUCUUUACAACUUCUACAGACGAAAUGCUUUAUAGAACAGGUAGUUGGUUACGAGAUCAUAAAGUUGGGCCCUACACUAUAUUCCCAGCCGCGGGAUAUAUCGAGAUGGGUUUUGCGGUUGUGACCCUACUUACAGGAUCAAAGGGGAAAUCGUGUGGAAUUCGGUUGUCCCAAAUUGAUAUACAAAUUGUUCUGUCACUUGAUUUGAAGUCGGAAAUCCAAACCAAUGUGAUUUACGAUGGAGAAAAGUUCAAUAUCUCUAUAUUCAGCCGACGGGAAAUUGACUGCAGCGAAUGGAGAUUGCACGCCUCAUUAAAUGCCAUUGUGCUGCACAUAGGUACGAAAAAUCAAGAAAAAUACCUAGAUAACUUUGCUGGUGAUGCGGUUACAUCUCCGUAUGUUGAGAUGUCAGAAUUAGGAUAUAAAUUUGGCCGGAGAUUCAGAUCACUAACAAAUUUGAAGACUACAAGCCUCCGGUCCUAUUAUACACUUACGGCAAAUAUUGCUCCAAGGAUACUUGAUCAAGAUAAAGAUGAAAUCGGAAGCUUUGUGGUUCAUCCCACUAUAUUGGACGCCCUAGUACAGGCCGCAUUUCUCGCAUCAGUUCCCCUGACAACUUUAAGGUUGCCGAUUGCAAUUUCCACCUGCGAAAUAUACCCCCAUCUACGCGACGAUAAUUAUAAGCCCGUUUUUUGUCCCGGACAACUCCGUGUCCAGGCCAGACAUCUGUCGUCCACGCUGUUUGUUCUAGGAAAUGAUUCAAUAUUCCGUCCACAAGUAUCCAUCACCAAGUUGAAAACAUUCAGCACAACAGUCAAAGCGAUUGGUAAACUGAUUAAUGAAAAGGGUAAUAUCGAUGGUCCCGAGGUAGCGCUACCCAUGUUUGUCGAAGAGUGGACUUCCAAGAACCAAAUAAAAGUUGGCUACUCACUCACUAAAACAAUGAGUAACCAGAUUUCUUCCUUUACGGCAAUCUCCCGGACCCUUGCAGAAAUUCAAGAAUAUCACAAAAUUGCCUCAUUCAUAGGAAAUCAAGUUGCAAUAACCUUAAAAUGUCUUGGUAAUGCAUGUUUAACACCUGGUGAGCGUUUAUCAACAGAUCAAAUUUCCUCUGGACUUUGCGUCAAUCACAUUGCCCCAGCCUUUCUUGCUAGGCUGCUUCAUUAUGCUGGAGAUGCAGGACUAUUGAAGAAAGUCUCCCCAACGGAAUACGUGGUAUUACCUCAUUCCGAUUUUGUUAUCACGGAGCAGCACUCAGGUGAUCAUUGUGGACUUUUACAAGAUGACUGGGCCUUUGCAGAAUUUUAUAUUUCUAAAUUGUCCAAAUUUCUUCGGGGAUCGGAAUCCAUUCUUCCGCACCUAUUCCCUCCAACGUCACCAUCACUGGAACUACCCAAUGGAAUUGUUAGUAACAAAGCUGUCGCGACCAAUAACUUCUCUGCGGAACGAUUAUACAGCACUACAACACAGUGCUCCCUUCUUACCGAAAAUCUGAUUGGUGUUUUCGCCUCUUUCGUCAAGGACAAAUGCGAUGGGCUUCGAAUUUUAGAAGUGGGGGCGGGAACCGGUGCAGCGACACGCAAACUCCUACGACAUCUUCACGGCACCGGAUCUACUUAUACGUUUACCGAUAUCUCCACCAGUUUUCUCAAUCAAGCAGAGGGGUUCGAAAAAGAGGCAUUCGACAUUAUUAUUGCCAUGAACGUUUUGCAUGCAACAACUGAUCUGGGCAAAGUGGUUGGAAAUCUACGCUUACUGCUUGGAGGAGAUGGAAACAUAUUCAUCGCCGAACAAUUAAGACCCUCGGCAUUUAUUGACAUCGUUUUCGGGCACUGUAAGGGAUACUGGCUCUUCAAAGACACCAUACGGUCAGGUCACUGCUUAAUUGACGGAAAAGCAUGGAAGCCAGUUCUUCAGUCCGCUGGGUAUGGAGAGAUAGCAAUUGUAGAAAAUAGAGAUUUCGAUAUUGGAAUAAUUGUGGCCACGAAUAAGGAAGUUCCGCUAUCACCUUUCACUGUGAUUACUACAAGUGCCGACGAUGAGUUUUCGAACCAACUAGUGGCUUCUAGCAAAGGAAAAGCGACUCUGCGCAAUAUUAUUAACCAGGAAAUUAGAAUAAAACCUAACGAUAAAAUCGUAUAUUGCCUUCCACAUUCCCAUUUAGAAGAAAUCGACCAGGAGAAUCAAAUGCGAAAACAAGUGAAACACUUUCUCACUUUUUCUCAGGCUUUAUUAUCGGUUGGGAGGGUGGAAAUAUUCAUAGUAAGUCAUGGUCUUAUACCAGUGCAAGACGAAGAGGCCAUUUAUCCAGUUGCUGGUGCACUACGUGGAUUUGCGCGAUCAUUAGCAAACGAAAUGCUGCAGUUAGACAUAGUGUGUAUCGAUCCUGAUGAGAGGGAAGACACGAUGCAUAAGGUGAGAACAGUAUUGGCGGAAAUUAAAAAUAAACCAAAAGUAGGUGGUCGUAGUGAAGCCCCAUUUGUUACCUAUCGAGACGGAGUUCGCUAUGAGGGAAAACUAGUUCCACUCUUGUCCCCUUAUCCCAUGCUUGCCAUGCGGCAAGCAACCCAUAUGCAAUUAAGACUGCCAGAAUCUUGUGCCGUUGAGGACUUAAAAUGGGACGAUUCUCUCACAACUGUGGGUGCACAACCCUUGGCUGCAAACCAGAUUCAAGUCCGGGUUCACGCAUCAGGCCUAAAUUUCAAGGAUAUUUUAAGCAUCAUUAAGCCUACCGUGGAAUUUACGUCAGAAUCCUCCAUUGGGGCAGACAUUUGCGGACAAUUAUUCAAAUCGGAUCGGCUGUUCGUAACUUGUGCAUUGGUGCGAACGUUCUGGGAAUGA